AUGGCGGGCCCUCAACGGCCCGAGGGACAGAGCCCCCCGCUGAAGAGGGGGAAGGCGGACACUGGGCCGAAGCCGCAGGGCCUGGAGUUCAAGAUCCUGGAGUCCCGGUGGCAGUACCGCGGACCAAAGUCGACGCCACCCAAGGACGCCGCCGGAGACCAAAGGCGACCGGAGGCGCGAAGGCCAGCUCCUGCCCCUGAGCCGAGCGCACCCGCGCCUGAGCCAAGCGCGCCGGCUAAACCGAAGCCACAGGCGCUGCCCUACCCUGAGCUGAGGGCAGCGGCUGCGCCCGAGCAGCCGGCGCCGGCCGAGCCCGCCCUGAGCCCUCCGAGGGCGGGGCAAGUGGCCACGGUAAGGGUGGCACCGACAUGGCAACAAUCAGGGACCCCGAGUGCCUCUGCUGAGAGGGCUCGCAGGGGACUCAGCGCCCGGCCGUCGUCCAGCCAGGCCGCAGAACGCCUCCCAGACGUGAUAGGAAGCGCCCAGAAGGUGAUCGAGCGGCUGGAGGCGGCCGUGGCGGGGGAGCGAGCAUAG